AGCAGUUAGCUAUUCAAGUUGGAGAAAUACGCUUGUCGAUAUGAUUUGCUUUAAACUUUUCCUAUCAAUUACUUUUCGGAUUUUUCUUCUCUGCUGUUUGUUUAUCUUCCCGUCCCCUUCUUCGAUUGCCAAUGCCAAAUCUAUCGGCACGGAUGACAUUCUCUUUGCCGAGAAAUAUCUUCAAACGUACGAAGGCUACAUUAAACCCAGACACGCCGACGGCAGUUCUCGAAUAGACCCAACCACCACCGAGGAAUUUCAGAAUUCAAUUCGAUACCUACAAAAACUGGCUGGACUAGAGGAGACUGGCGAAUUGAACGACGAAACAAUCAAGAAGAUGAAACAGCCUCGAUGCGGUAAUCCCGACAGAACACCGUCGUCAUCCUUAACUGUCGACUCGAGACGAAAGCGUUACGCUACUCACUUUUUUUCGUGGGAAAAGACGCAUUUAACUUAUACAAUUACAGCAUAUACCAACGAUGUUUCAAUAGAGGAAACAGAAAGAGUAUUCAUAACAGCUUUGAAUAUAUGGUCUGAACAUUCAUCGCUGACCUUUGAAAGAGUCUCAUUCAACGCCGACCUCCGUAUUAAAUUCGCUACUGGUAAACAUGGCGAUACAUUUCCAUUCGAUACAAAAGGUUCUAUUCUCGCUCACGCAUUCUAUCCCGCUUCCGAUUUGGAAGGAGAAAUUCAUUUUAAUGACGCUGUAAAAUUUACACUUACUAAAGGAUCAAAUCUUUUACAAGUUGCUGUUCACGAAAUUGGCCACGCCCUUGGCUUGCAUCAUUCAACAAUACCGGAAGCGGUAAUGACACCCUUCUUCGAAUAUAGGCCAACUUUCGCUUUACAUCAGGACGACAAGGACGGUAUUCAAGAUCUGUACGGUCCAAGACCAGCAAUAACAACAUCGACGACAGAGUCGAAGCCAACAACAUCUGAAAGAGUAACAACCGAGGUUAAAGAGACAUCGUCUACAACUGCGGCUGCAACAACAAGAACAACAACGGCAGCAUCAGCAUCAGCAACAACAACAACAACAGCAACGACAACAGCAACUGUACCAUCGACAAGGUCCACCGCUGAAAUUUCAACAGUAGGAAGCAGUGUAGGGGCGAUAACUACACAAACAGCAGUUGACGAGGCUUGUAAGAUGAAGAAAUUUGACGCAAUUAUGGGAACAUACGAUAAUCAUUUGUACGUGUUUGCCAAUGAUCUUGUCUAUAAAUUGGACGAAACGCCUAUAACGGGUAGUCAUCUUGUGGAAGGCUACCCAAAGUUGAUAAGUGAAGAAUUCUACUCGGCACCCAGCAACGUGAACGCCGCUCUCUAUCUCGGCGAUCGUUCUUAUAUCAUCAAAGGUGACACUUUCUGGGUUUACGACAAGCAUAGAAAUUUAUUAGCUCCUAGUCCGGGAAAGAUUAACGAGGAUGGAUUUUAUGGCGUUCCUAACGAUAUUGAUUCGGCUUUCGUCUACUCUGGCAAUUACAUGGUAUAUUUUACGAAAGGCAACGAAUACUAUCGAUACGAUUUCUACGGAGUAGACGAUUCGCUUUUCCCCCAAUCUCUUAACAAUUUCUUAGGAGCACCCUAUUCUCUUGACGGUGCCGCCCUCUUCUCCAAUGGCUAUACGUACUUUUUCAAUUCUCAAGAUUAUUAUAGAAUAGACGAUUUCAAUGCUGCAGUCUUUGAUGAUUAUCCAAAAAAUUUCCUCCAAGAGUAUUUCGGCUGCCCGAAGGUUGGCGACAAUAGUAGGAAGCCGAAUAUCGGGAACGGAGGCAAGAGAACUGGCGAAUUGGCAGAGCCAAAAGUAUUCGAUCCCGAAAAGUUGAAGAGAAAUAGAGAGAGUACGCGAUUGGUGUACGAGAGAAAGUCUCCAUUCCAAUCAUCGUCAAUAAAUGUACACUCUAAUCCGCUGUUGGUGACCGUAGCACUGCUAUUAAGUCAAAUGGCCGUUCAGAAGUUAAUCUUCAAUUGA